CGACAAUUUAUCCUUAGCCCGUCUUAAGAGCGUUCUCCUUACCUCGUUGCAGUACAGCAACAACGCACAGGACCCUUUUGUUUGUGGCGCAGCGACCGAAUGCAGUUAGUGCAAAUGACUCAUUUUCGCUCACGCUCAGCCACCUGGGAAACAAGGCUCAUUCCUCCAUGAAGGAGUCAUCAAAGCCCGAUUGGGUAAUGGGCCUGACUCCGUAGCAGGCGUACUUCAAGACGUAUAAGAAGUGUUGCGGUGUGUUGGCCCGAACUAGAAUUAGGUACAACCGCGUUUCGAUCUUCACAGGUUCCUGCUCUGUUCCGAGCUCAGUACAUCGAGCGCGUCUGUUUUUGAUACCCCUUUUCUCUCAUCCUCCUACACUACUACUAUCAGCUACGGCCUAGAUACCCAUCUGAGCCAUGGCGGGCGUCGACGAGACUUCACAUUCAGCCUCCAUCUCAACAACUUCCUAUGAAACAGCACUAUGCGUGAUUCCGUCACAGCACGCAUGCCAGGAUAUCGAAAACCUCCGUUCACUGUACGACAAAGGCUAUGGGAAAUGGCCACCCCAUGUCAAUCUUAUCUACCCAUUCGUUGAGCCCGACGCCCUUCAACGAGCAACGGCGCGAAUUGAUUCCUAUCUUCAGGGGAUGUGGGACGUGAAAAACGGCCCCGAGGUGAUCCUGGACCAAGCUGACCACUUCGAACAUCGCAGCAACAGCACAAUCUUUCUCCGAGGGAGCGACGACUCGCAAGUUCCUUUAGCAUUGCUUCGCUCCGCGGCUCUCCAGGCAUUAGGCCAAGCGGCCAGUUCUUGCAACUUCCACCUCACAGUUGGACAAUCAGAAGAUGACACCCCCUCCUCGCGCAACUUUCUCCUAGAUAAGGCUCGUCGGAUUCCGGCACUAACUUUCGAGGUCGGCUCGCUCGCCAUCCUAAUCAGGGAACGAGCAUCAGCUCAAGAUCCGACGACCAAUCGGAUGAGGCUGUGGGGAACUUUAGAUGUCUCUGCUGUUAGAUCGAAUUCACUGGCGCGAUUGCCCGAAUUCUGGCUUGAAGGAGGCUCGGAUGAGGGAGAUCGCUCGGAGACUGAGGAAGAUGAUGGAACUGAGCCCAACGAUCGGACGUCUAUUUCAACCGCUCUACGCCAACCUCGGUCGGGAACGACAUUCCACUUCGACUCCGAGAAUGAAUGUUGGUCUUCAGUGCAUUCUCCGCCGGGUGGAGAAGCUACACUAUCUGCUCUUAGCGUCUCCAGCUACAACGUGCUGAUUGAUUCGGAAUACCCCCCUGCACGAGACCGAGACUCUCUGCUAGUCGAGACGAUUCUCUCAGACUCUGCAACCGCCGAUGCCCUGAUCCUGCAAGAAGUUUCCGACGACUUCUUGUCCUAUCUGCUUUCGAAUGAGGACGCCCGACGACAGUAUGCGUUUACAUCCCACGGUCCGCCUGAUCAGCCUGAUAUUGGACCCCUCCCCAGCCUCCGCAACAUCGUUAUCCUCAGCCGCUGGUACUUCCAUUGGGAAUUCGUUCCGUUCCACAGGCGGCAUAAGGGUGCAGUCGUCGCAACCUUUCCCUCUUUGCCUUUUGUCGUCGCGGGUGUUCACUUGACAUGCGGUUUGACGGACGGUUCGGUUGCCGCGAAAAAGGUUCAGCUCCAAAAUAUCACCCGCUAUCUCAAACGAAACCACGCUGACAAACCAUGGGUCUUGGCUGGCGACUUCAAUAUUACCACCUCCAAGUACACGAUCGAUCUCGCUUUGAGGGACAAGUCCAUCUCCCAGCAGACAGCGAGAACCUUGGAGUCGAUGGAGUUAAUGAUCGCUGAAGUUGGCCUGCUGGACGCUUGGUCGGUAACCCGGGUGGAAGCGACAGAUGAGAGCGCAAUGGCUGAUGCGGACCACUUAUUCGAAGGGGAAGAGGGUGCCACUUUCGAUCCAAGAGAGAAUGCUCUCGCGGCUGCUACAUCUGGUACAUCAAACAACCGACCACAGCGGUAUGAUCGCAUCCUGGUCCGCCCACAAGGCCUGCUUCGCAUCGACCGUUUCAACCACUUCGGCCUCCCUGAGACAUCCAAUGGGAUGCAGCAGGUUCCAAGUGAUCAUUCGGGUAUUCGAACUUCAAUGAAGAUCCAAUCGGGCGAGGCUGGGGGUCCGUCAAAGGAACUCGACAUGCUGAAUCAAUACUCAGUCGAGCAUACGCAUGCUAGCGCGCAUCUUUCACAUGCCAGCGACUUGAUAGAUGCGUUGUCUAAGCGCCAAGUCUUUCCCACUGCCGAAGAAGAAGUACACCGCAAGAAUGCCUUCGAACUUCUCAAAAGUAUCGUUCUUGGCUCGUUCCAUCUCGACGACUCCAGCACGCCAGACAUUCCGAUGGUCAUAGUCCCAGUCGGUUCGUACGCGCUUGGUGUUUGGACGUCGAUAUCAGAUAUUGAUUGCCUCUGCAUUGGCUCGAUCAGCUCCAAAACCUUCUUCCGGCUCGCUCGCCAGCGCAUUCUCAGAGCGGAAUCGCAAGGCGUGCGCCUGCUUCGCAAGGUGGAGGCAAAUACCGGGACUAUGCUGGAACUGUCUGUCAAUGACAUCAGUGUGGAUCUACAGUACUGCCCAGCUGCGACUAUCGCGCAGAAAUGGUCCGACUUCCCCAGCCUCCAAGCCUCCGAUCCGCUCUUCAAUCUCCCCAUCCUGUCGCUGCGCAAGCUCAAACCCGUUCGAGACCUUUCUUAUAUUCAGCGCACUCUACCCUCCAUGGCGUCCUUCCGUCUCGCCUAUCACUGCAUCAAGCUAUGGGCCAUAGAGCGCGGCAUCUAUUCGGCCAAGUUCGGAUACCUAGGCGGCAUACACUUCGCGCUGAUGCUCAGCUGGGUGUGCAAGCGUUUGGCCCACGAUGGUGCAUCAGUUAGCGCAAGCGAUCUCAUUGCCUCGUUCUUCCACCACUACGCGUACUUUGACUGGGAACAUGAGAUGGUGUUCGACGCAUUCUUCCAUAAGAAGCAGCCGAGAUAUCACCGGACAGCGAAAGAGCCCAUGGUGGUGCUGGGUUUCCAUGCUCCGAACUCAAACAUUGCGCAUACUGCUACUGUUCCAGGGUUGCAAACUCUCGUCCAAGAAUUUCGCCUAGCUGAUGAACAGCUCUCUGCCCCGGAUAUGACAUGGGAUAAGUUCUUCCAGGGCCAUGAGCCGGCCGUCGCGGAUACCAAAGUGGAUCCGACAGUAGCAACGUUCCUGACGUCGCACGAGAGCUACGUCAAGAUUGAUAUCCAGUAUUGGGGCCGUACACUAUCAAUGGGGAAAGGUCUUGUGGGAUGGGUAGAGUCACGUUGCAUCAACCUCGUCGUUGAUAUCCAUAAAGCUCUUCCACACCUCUUCGUCCGUAUCUGGCCAGCGCGCUUCAGCGACAGUGACCCUACAACGUCCGGUGCCUACUAUCAUGGCUGCUACCUUAUCGGUCUUUCAAGGCGGGAGCCCGAGAACACCGAAACGAGCGGGGAAGAUCGUCAACACGCCAAGCUAGCUAUCCGGAAGACUUUCGAUCGCUUCCUCGCGCAGGUGCAGGCAGACGGCAAGUAUUACGAUCCAAACUCGUGCUGGAUCGGCGUCUCGCUAGCGAAGCCAGGCGACGUGAAGAACAUGCGGCUAGACAACCGAGAAUGGGGCGAUUAUGUCGCGGAGUUUGAGCCUAACUCCGACGAUGAAGAGGCCAGUGAUGACCUUACUGAGGAGCCCCGGCCGGUGCAGAAGCUGCUCAUCCGCCCGUCUACUUCGACACCCGUAUCAUCGAGUAAGCUCCGCCCAGCAUCCGACAUCCUCAAUCGCCUGCGUUGGGACCCGAACCUCGACCCCAGUGACUACAUCGUGGGAUACGAAGAUCGGUUCUUGGGCGCUAAGGAGACAGCGUUGGAGAAGUGGAAGACGGAGCAGACAGAUGAGGAGUUUAUUCCACAGCAUCGGAUACUGUAUUUCAAGAAGAAGGGUGAGGGUGGUGGAGAGGUGUGGCAAUUCCAUCUCCUGUAG